GCACGGCGCAGAUGGAGCUGGGGUAGAACGGAAGCGAGGGGAGGCCGAAGCUUCAGCCAGGGUGGGCUGGGCGUGGGGAAAGGCAGGAUGCAGUAGAGGAACUGACCGAGGUCGGUCACGGGAGUCCCAGGCCAGCGUCUCAGAAUGGGUAGUCCCUCUCCUAACCCCCCGGCUCUCCCCUUCCUGUUGUUGCUGUUCCUCUCGGUGCUGAAAGUGCUGAGCGCAGGGGCACCAUCUUUGUUGUACCAGCUCACUGCAGUGUCAGUUGCACCUCAGGGGACCCCCAGGUUCUGGGCCUCAGGAUGGCUGGGUCCCCAGCUCUUCCUGACCUAUAGCUCUGGGGGCAAUGCUGAGCCCUGGGGGGCCUGGCGCUGGGAAUCUCAGGAGUCCUGGUUUUGGGAGAAGGAGACAUGGUAUCUGAAGACCCAGGAACGAUUGCUGCGGGAAGCCUUGAGGCUUUCUAAGAAUCAGGGGGCUCACACUUUUCAGGGCCUGGUGGGCUGCCAACUGGAGGCCGACAACUCAUCUCAACAUACUGCUCGAUAUGCCCUGGAUGGGGCCGAACUCUUGACCUUUGACCCUGUGCACAGAGUUUGGUUGGGAGACUCUCUGGAGGCCCAGAUUGUGAAGAAAAGCUGGGCCAAUGAGAGCCAGCGGGCUGAGAAGGAGUCUGAGUUCCUGCUCACCACCUGUCCCCAGAAGCUGAAAAGUCACCUGCAGAAGGGUCAGGGCAACUUCCGGUGGAAAGAGGCCCCUGAGGUGCGAGCCAGAAGCCAUGUCGAGCCAGGGUCCGCCUGGUCCACCCUCACUUGCCAGGCCUUCUCCUACUUUCCACCGGAAUUGGAGUUCACCUUCCUUCGAGAGGGGAAGCCAGAGCCCUACUCCAUGAGGGGUGUGGAGCAGUGGCCCAAUGGGGAAGGAGCCUUUCAUUCCCAGGUCAUUCUUCGGGUCCCCUUUGGGGAUGAGAGCCAAUACAGCUGCAUGGUCCAACACCCUGCACUAGCCAGCUCCAUCACUGUGAACUUCGAGGCAUCUGGCGGACUACCCUUGCCCAUCAGACUCAGCCUGGUAGUAGGCUCCUUGCUCUUCUUGGUAUCCCUGGCAGGCGUGGUGACUUUCGUGGUGAUGUGUAGGAGGAGAGGGGAACGCCCAGCUCCCUGGAUUUUCCGGCGUCGUGCAGGGGACGACGUGGGGGCCCUGCUCUCAGCCCCAGGCUCUGCCCAGGACCCCAGCCCCUAAGAUCUGGGAGUCCUGCCUGUCUGCUGCCGACCACCUCCGGCUUUCUGUACCCUUGCUACUUUGCUGGGAAUGUGACCUCCGGAUGGAGUCCUGUCUCCCUCCCCCUUCCCAUCCCCUUCCAGGCAGCCCUCCUGGAUUUCACCUCUGACAGUACAGAAAUGUUGAUCUGUUCCUCUCUCCCAAACACAAAACAAGAUAUUGGGUCCACGUC